CCCGGCUCAUUUGUACAAUAUCGGCGGCACUAAGCGCCCGCAUCCGCGGUAUAAACUUAUAUUUAUAAAUUGUAGUGAUUUUAAGUGAAAAUGUUGAAAUAUACAGUGAAAAAAUACUGCUCGGAGGGCAGUAAGGUGAACCAAAUUAUGGUGGCUGUUCUGAUGGUGUUACCAGUAUUCUCGUACGGAACAGCCAUCGGCUGGAUGUCCCCUAUGGGCCCCCGGCUCAUGUCAGACGACGGCCCAGCAGACAAACCUGUGCACCCUGACGUGAUCUCUUGGAUGGCAUCUGUACCCUACCUCGUGGGUACCCCGGCUGUGUUCCUCUUUGGGUACAUUGUCGAUAACUUUGGGAGGAAGAAAGCGUUGAUGCUCACUUCUUUUUCUAUGGCUAUUUGCUGGGGCCUCAAACUGUAUUCAACAGAAACCUGGGCCCUAAUAGCCGCCAGGGCCGUAGUGGGUAUGGGAGUCAGCGGGUCCUAUGUCGUCACACCGUUAUACAUUAAAGAAAUAAGCGAAGACUCCAUUAGAGGGACGUUGGGAAGUCUGGUUGUUCUGUCGCAGAAUCUGGGAAACCUCGUUGUGUUCCUUCUGGGCGAAUAUCUUUGCUACCAGGCUACGCUGUGGAUUCUUCUGGCUGUACCGCUCAUUCAUUUGCUUGUGUUCCCGAUCAUGCCAGAGACUCCGUCUUAUAUGUUGAAGACUGGGAAAGUAGAGGAGGCGCGUGAUGUGUUGGCGUGGCUUCGGUGUAAACAAGUAACGGAUGCAUCCAUUGAAAGUGAAUUGCAGUUGUUGUUGAUAGAAUUGGAGCAAAGCAAGUCUGGAAACUUCUUUACAUCCCUUAAAACUAUAUUAUCGGACAAGUGCAUAUUCCGUGCGUUCCGUAUCACACUAAUCAUCACGCUCGCACGGGAGCUAUGUGGCUGUCUGGCAGUACUGCACUUCGCGUCCAUGAUCUUCAAGGAGUCGAGUGGAGGAUGGGUGCUGACCCCUAACCAGCAAGCUGCGGUGUUGGGUGCUGUGCAAAUGAUCGGGUCCUGUACUGCGUCCAGUUUGGUGGAGAGGACUGGACGGAAGCCUUUACUAGGAACAACCUGCCUAGUAUCAGGGCUCGCACUAACAGUGCUAGGCGGGUGGUUCUUCGCACACACCACGCUGGUCGCGUGGCUGCCGGUAAGCGCGCUGUGUCUGUGCAUCUACUGUGACGCGGCCGGCCUGCAGCCCGUGCCGUUCGUUGUUAUGACCGAGAUGUUCUCGUUCCAACACCGUGGUACCGUGACAUCAAUAGUCAUAGCGUUCACAAGCGGUCUAGUCUCCGUACAGCUAAGGGUGUUCCAUCCCCUGGCCACCACAGUGGGCCUGUACCUCAUAUUCUGGAUCUUCGCAGCGGUUUGCCUCGUAAGUACGGUGUAUAUCUUCUGUUGUGUCCCGGAAACCAAGAUGAAGACAAUAGAAGAGAUCUACGAGGAACUGGGAGGCAAGGAGAAAGACGAAGAAGCUGCGGUCACUAGGAUGUAAUGCAUUAAAUUAUAGGGUUAAUGUUGUUGAUCAUGUUGUCCCUAUGAUCAUGGCGUUAUAGGUACUAGCCGUUUGCAGGGCUUUAUUAGCAAUUGUCCCGGGAAAAAUGGCAUUUACUCCCGAAUAGUGCAGUUAGUGAAACAAUUUUCAGAAACGGAUCAGUAUUUCCGAAGAAUAGACCCCCUAGAAACAUACAAAGUUAAGAACUUUUACUCCUUAUAGUAUGAAUUAGUAAUAUACUUAGAUAAAGUCCUAGGCAUUAGAUUUCAGUGAGAAUGUUUUUUAUUGCCCUACUUACAUGAAUAAUAGAUGAAAAUAUUACAUAAAAAAGUGUAGGAAUAAAAAAAACAUCAUAAUCCUAAAUUUUCUAAACCAUUGAACCUCAUAGUUUUUCUCUACGUACCUCUCUAUACUACUUAUUAUAAUAAGUAAUGAUAUAUCAUUUUUUGGCAUUCAAUAAAAAAUAUAGACAGAAUUAAUUCUUGUACUUGUAUGAUUAAUAACAAAAUGCAAACUGUGCCAUAGGUUAGUAUUUAAAAACAAAAUUAGGAUAGAAUAACAUCAUAAGACAGUCAAAUAAUUGUAAAAUUUAGUAUCUCGAGCAUUAAAUGCAUAUAUUAAUUUUGUGUUAUUUUUAUAUCAGUGACUGUAUUUUUGACAUAGUAUUUCUUCAUUUAGAAUAUUUUUUUCGUAACAAAACUUAAGUAAUUUAUGGCAAAAAUAUUUUAAUUUACAAUUUAUUUUAGUUUUGUAGUUAUUUAAUUUAGUGUAACUAUUUAAGACGAAACCAUU